ACGUCGCACGUCGGGUUGAAUUAUGUCCAGAGACGCCAGUUGAUCGGUUAUUGUAUUUGUAAGAGAAAUGUCGUAAUUUAUGACAAGCAAAACGUUUCGUGAAAAGUGUCGGCGAGGUGGAUAAGGCGCGAAGCGGCCGCCGGGUUUUGUCAGCGGCCGUAGUAACAGGGCGGGGCGGGAAUCCGGGAGGGUCGGGCCUUGCCGAGAACACGACUCCCCUUGUUGUGUGUAUUCCCGUGCUCGCUUCGCCAUCUUGUUGCAAUCCCUCUUUUUUCUUUUUUUCCCCCUACGUAUAUGGGGAUCUACUUUCUGUUUGGCUGGCUUGAAAAAAAAAAAAAAAGCUAGCCGCCUUGCUUUCUGGAGAAAGGUUCACACGGGUGUGAGCCGUGCACGCUGCGCUUAAUACCGGGGUACUACUUCCCCCUCCUCUUUCCGUCCCGGACCACCGGGCUCCCCCCCUCCUCCUCCUCCUCCUCCUGCCAUCAGGGUUUACGCGAAAUGAGUAUCGACACACUUUUGGAGGCGGCCAGGUACCUGGAAUGGCAAGCUCGGCAGCAACAACAAACCAGCAGUGAGGAUGAGCCGUGUAAAGAGAAGGAAACCAUCAAGGCCGAGGCCGAGUGUAAACGCGAGGAGCCUGCGGCUUCGCCUCUGCCUGUCAGGGCCAACCACGCCGAUGAUGUCCAUCGCCAGCGGCCGCAACACCCUCCCGCCCCUCCCGCGCCUUCCCUCCCACCUUCACAGGUUCCCAUUGCCGUCAUCCCUAUGGUCCCUGUCCUCAACGCGACGCCCUCUGUCCCCCCGUUUCCGCUUACGACGCCGAUCGCCGCGGCUGCGACCUCGCUCAGCAGCCCGCUGCCAAUCAAGAAAGAGGGCGUUUCCUCCACUCCGCCGCAGCAGCAGCAGCCGGCGUCCCAUCACCUGUUGUGCUCCUCCCAGAUCAAAAUGGAACCUGGCCAGCAGCUGAUCGACGUCAAACCCAGCCUAACACAGCCUCAGGUGCAGAUUCAGUACCCAGCCUCUAUUAGUACCAACGGCUCUGGCUCCCAUCAUGCACUGGUCCCCCAUCAAGCGCCGCCCGCCCCUCAGUCGCGCCCCAACGGAGUGACGAUCGAGGACAUGAGAGGGAUGGAGGGGAAGCGGAGACCUGGAGGAGCGGGAACCAGAGAGGUGCAUAAUAAGCUUGAAAAGAACAGGAGAGCACACCUCAAGGAGUGUUUUGAGACGCUAAAGAAGAAUGUCCCUAAUGUCGAUGAGAAGAAAACCUCCAACCUCAGCGUUCUGCGCAGUGCACUCCGUUACAUACAGACUCUGAAGCGUAAGGAGAAGGAGUUUGAGCACGAGAUGGAGCGUCUGGCCAGAGAGAAGAUCGCCACACAGCAGCGGCUGGCCGAGCUGAAGAACGAGCUCAGCCAGAGCAUGGACGUCAUGGAGAUCGACAGAGUCCUCCGCCAGACCAUGCAGCCCGAGGACGACCAGGCCUCCACGUCCACCGCUUCAGAGGGAGAGGACAACUACGACCAGGAGACGGAUGAGGAGGCUGCAGCCCGUCCGGCUCCCACAUCCCUCCCUAAACCGGCCUCCGCCAUCUUGCAAGCCCAGCCGCUGCUGGCUCCACACCUGUCCAUCCAGCACGCCGCGCUUCCUCUUUCAGGAGUCCUCGCCACGCCCCCUCCCUCUGGCCCUCCUCCCCCUCAAGCCAUCGCCCCGGCCCCGCCUCCAGGCCCGCCUCCUCAUCCUCCGCCCCAGCAUCCCCUGCAGCCUCCGGCCGUGCAGGUCCAGCCGACCGUCAUCGCCCACGCCGCCGUCUCACACCCGUCGGUCAUCCACUCUGUCAGUCACACCCUUCCAGCCAAUCACAAACACUUGGCGCACAUAGCCCCCUCUCCUGGUCCCGCCUCCUCCACCCCUCAGCCAAUCACAGCGGCGGCACCCGUCACUGGAACCCACCAACACAUAGCUCAGCCCAUCGGACACAUCACGGUGCACCCGGUGGCUCACCUGGGCGCUCCCAUCCCGACUCUCUACCCCCAGGGGGUUCCUGUCACCCACCCCGCCAUGGUGGGCCACAUCACCCACACCUUCACCCACCACGCCCUGUCGCACGUCCCCGCCGGCCCCCAAGCUAACACUAACGGAGCGCAGGUGAGCAGCACCGCCGUGGCCAGCCAGGGGAGCCAGUCGCUGGGGAAACCCACGGCGGUGCUGGCGCCACACCCUCAGCUGGUCGGGCAGGCGGCGGUCCUCAACCCCGUCACCAUGGUUACAGUCCCAACCUUCCCCGUCAGCACGCUCAAACUGGCCUGAAAAAAAAAAAAGAAAACGAUUGAGCUCUGAAUCCGCGAUCGGGCGGAUCAUUUCUGACAGCGGCGAGAACCUUUGUGACAUUUUAUCCACAGCUGUGCUGAGGCGAACAUCACGGCGGACUCUGUGGGUUCAGACU